UACAUGCUUGGUAGACUUGGUACUUCUGUUCCUGACUCUGAUGUAUCUGAAUUCUUUAAAUCCGCCAAAUCAAGCAGAAGAACAAGUAGAGCAUCAAGCAGAAGUAAAUCAGCUCGUUCUAGGACAGAAGUAAGCCCAAAAGAAGGUGCUAAGAAGCUGAAAGAAAUGCUUUUGUCUCUGAUUGAAAAGGCAGAUUUUCUAGUAGAAGAUGACUUGAAUGCACUAAUGGAAGUUCUGCCAGACAAAGAUAAGCUUCUGCUUAAAGUAGAUUCUAUCCUCAGUGCUCUUGGUGUCAAUGAAGAAAAGGAUAUUGAGAAAAUAUUCAAUCACCUAAAAAUUAGUGAUACGGAGGAAGAGUUAGCUGGCCUUGAUGCUGAUGAUACUCUAAGUGUUGCUGAAAAAAGAUCAAAGAUACUGAAAAUAGUUAGAGGGUAUAUGGAGGAACCUGAGACAACCCAACGAACCGAGCAGAACAGACAAGCUCUAUUCUCCGGGUUCAACAUCAUGAAGAAAAUGACAGGAGCUAUCAAACCAGACAAGGAAGGAUAUCUCUGGGAUGAGCUGAAAGAGAGCAUAGAAAUGUUUAAAACUCCAGAUAAAACCAAUCUAAAACAUCUUCUUACUAAAUACAAGGAUCUACUGUUGGUUCGAGCAGAUCUAAUGGGUAGAAACGAGAAACUCAAAACUCAAAACAAUGAACUUAAAACCCUUCUAAAAAAUGUUUUGCCUAAUCAACCGUAAAAACACACAAUUAAAUUGUACAUGCCACCUUGUAAAUAUCUCAUCGUAUCAUCAAUAUUUUGAAAUAAAAAGUUUUGCAAAUGUA